AUUCGGCCUGCAACGACUUCCCAGCAGAAACCUCAACCCGCCACAACCCUCUCGAACGACCGAUCAACUCAGAAUAAUCCUCAACCGAAGGGGCCCAUUACAUUCACAGUCAAGGAUAACGGUACAAAACUAAUCGCGCACUCAACAUAUCCUCAAAACCGCCCAAGAUGUCCCUCCGCAUCGUCCCCGCCGACAACCACCACAAGACCUUCACCCACCUCGCCUCGCGCGAGACGGUCGCGCCGUCGGCCCCGGGCCUGCACGACACGCUGCGCGCGGGCGUCGGCCCGUCCGCCUUCGACGUGGCCGCGAACCGGCCGAUCUCGUCGCACCCGCUCGAGGCACGCCUCAAGGCCUGGGAGUCGACCCGCGAGGCGCUGCGCAUGGAGACGCUGCGGCGGGUCUACGGCAUCGCCGAGCCCGUCCGCCGGCAGAUGGAGCUCAAGAUCACGCGCGAGGGGGAGUGGAAGCCCAUGGCCCUCGGCGGCGGCCUCCCCGGCGCGAGCGUGCACGAGGACAUACUGGCCGGCCGUGAUGAGACCAUCACCUGGGAGGACGUCUUCACCGGAGAGGACUCGCGGCCGUUGGUCGGCAUGCACGAAGAGAUGGAGAGGAAGCUGAAGAUGAUGUAA